AUGUUGAAUUCAGAUUUUGCUCAAUCCCAUCUCAUCGCAACAUCAUCUGAAAAAACGCAUCAGUUCCUCGAGCUCAUUAAAAAACAAAAUCCGACACUAUCUGGAUUUGUAAAAAUCUAUGCAAGACGAGAAUAUAUCUAUGCCAUUACCUAUCCCGAUCAUCAAAUUUAUUAUUAUCAACAAUUGUAUCAUCAACAUCAUCAACCAGGUAGCCUCCAAGCAAGUCUACUGUUGGAUCCCUUAGAAAAGAAUAAUGAUGGACAAUGGAUUGGGUGGAAACGAGCCUAUUUUGUUGCAGCUUCGUAUAAUUGUUGUUAUGUUUUAGUAGAUCGGAUUGUGGAUGGAAUUAUUUCACCAGAUUUUCGAGAGGGAUACGUCAAUCAUGAGCUACCCAAUGGAGAAUGUUAUGAAAUUCCAAAAAGAUCAUCUGUAGUGGCUUCUGUAACAUGCGACAUGGAUCCAUCAAACAGUGAGUUUGUUAUAUUGAACCCAUCGAAUACAAAGCUUUGGUUGAAAGGCAUUGAUGAGGCUCUUAGGCAGGAUGAAUUCAUCACUUAUAUGGCAUGUGGUGCUUAUACAUUGGUAUUGGUCACCAAUCAAGGAAGACUAAUUGUUGGAGGAUCCAACGGAUUUGGAGAAUGUGGAUAUGAUGGAUACAGCACUGUCCCAACAGCUCCUCAUCCAUUCUGUGAAAAACAUCCAAACGUGAAGUUUUGCAAAGUUGCUUGUGGAGAUCACAACAUUGUUGCUCUCACUCAAUGUGGACGUAUUUUCGUAUGUGGAUACAACUCUUCAGAUGAAUUAGGAAUGAAGAACACGGGCAAUCAAAAACAAAUUACAGAAAGUGUAGAGUUUGCGAAAAUUACACAUUCAGAUCCAGCCAUUGAUGUUGAUUGUCAUUAUUAUGGAGUGAUAUUUUUGACAAGAAAUGGUUCAGUAUAUGUUUCAGGAGGAUCCAAUAGGUCACUCUCUAAACUUACUCUUCCCUAUCUACACAGUGGCACAUUAUUCAACACUGUAACAUCGAUUGGAGCUGGUAGUCACUCAUUUCUAAUUUCUCUUACCAACUCCAAUUCUGAUUUACUCAUGUUAAAAGUUUCAAGAGACGCGUUGAAUAUUUCUGAAGCUGCUCAAAUGAAAAAAGAAUUCUUGAAAGGAAUUUCAUCUCAACAACAACGAAUAGGAAUGACAGGAAGUGAUCAACCAUCAUUUUCAUAUAUUGGCUAUAUUCAACAACGAGCUGUACGUUCUAUUAAGACAUUGCAGAAACAAUUAGCACAACAUCUCACAAAUUGUUUUGAGGACAAGUCAUUUGCAGAUAUUAAUUUCACAUGUUAA